CCUAUUCGUACAGCAAGCCCAGGCCUGGAAAGCUGAGUAGAGUAUGAUCUUGUAACCAUAGACAUUGCUCCGAGAUAGCUGGAGCCAUCUUUGCUUGCGCUAUAGAUACCACAUGACACUCUCUGCAUUAUACCGAUAUCGAAAACGCACGACGUAUGACCAAGAGAGAUCAAUAGGGCAGACGGCAUCAUCCACUCUCACUGCCCCUCCCAUUUCCAUUUCGUUGGAAACAAUUAGACCAUCAUGAGCGGCGACUCCAACAGGGCCAAUGGGUCCACAAAUCAUCUGGGCCGAACAAACAGAAACACUUCCACGAACGGGGACAACGGCCUCAACGGUCUCAAUGCCAAUGGUCAUAAUGACUCGAGAUCAACGACCAACGGGACAGGCAAUCAGCAAAAGCCCCCGUCCUCACCCUCAAGCCCAGCCCCAACCUUUCAGCCUGUUGCCAUCUGCGGCAUGGCAUGUCGACUGCCGGGAGGCAUCCACUCCCCCUCGGAGCUGUGGUCCUUCCUCCACGCUGGCCGCGACGCUCGCGGCCCCGUGCCCUCUUCGCGCUACAACAUCUCCGCGUUCCAUUCACCGCACAAAAAGCCCGGCACCGUCAUUGCUGAGCAGGGGUACUUUCUCGAUUCGACCAACGAUCUUGCCGCGCUGGACACCUCGUUCUUCUCCAUGCCGCGCCGCGAGGUCGAGACCUUGGACCCCCAGCAGCGCUUGCUUCUCGAGGUCGCCCGCGAGGCCAUCGAUGACGCCGGCGAGACGCGGUGGAAGGGUACCAAUGUUGGCGUGUACGUCGGCUGCUAUGGCCAGGACUGGUACGACAUCUCGGUGCGGGACACGCAGGCCCAUGGUAUCUACCAAGUCCUGGGCCAGAACGACUUCAUGGUCUCGAAUCGGCUCUCCCACGAGCUCGACCUGCAUGGCCCCAGUGUGACGCUACGGAGUGCUUGUUCCGCUUCUCUCAUCGGCGUCAAUGAGGCAUGCAUGUCCAUUGCGCGCGGCGACUGCACAUCCGCCAUCGUUGGCGGCACCAAUAUCAUCAUGGCCCCAGCUUUAACCGCCGCCCAGUCGGAGCAAGGCGUUCUCAGUCCCGAUGGCUCAUGCAACACCUUUUCAGCUAACGCAAACGGCUACGCGCGCGGUGAGGGUAUUGUCGCAAUCUACCUUAAGCCCCUAGCGGACGCGGUCAGGGACGGUAACCCUAUCCGCGCAGUCGUGACCGGCUCAGCAGCCAACCACAACGGUCAUACACCGACAGUUUCACACCCCAGCUCUCGGGCACAAGAAGCGCUAAUCAGGCAAGCAUACCGGAAUGCUGGUAUUACAGAAAUUACCCGAACAGGCUUCUUCGAGUGUCAUGGCACGGGGACGAAAACUGGGGAUCCUAUUGAAGUGGCGGCUGUAUCUGCAUGCUUCGGCAAAGCCGGUGUGCAUAUGGGCUCAGUCAAGGCAAAUCUCGGCCACGCGGAGGGUGCGGCGGGCCUCGUCAGUGUUCUUAAGGCUGUUCUUUCCUUGGAAAACCGCAUUAUUCCCCCAAAUAUUAAAUGCUUUCCACGCAACCCUGCAAUUUCUUUUGAAAAUGCAAAUCUUGUUAUUCCUACUGAGCCAAUACCAUGGCCAGAAGACCGUGAUGAGCGCGUGAGCAUCAAUAGCUUUGGCCUUGGAGGUUCCAAUGCCCAUGCCAUCAUCGAGUCAGCAGCCAGCUUCAUCGACUUGCCAAAUUCCACAAGGGCAGCUUCAAACACACCAUAUUUAUUGCUGUUCUCCGCAAAUACCGCGGCAUCUCUCAAGGCCAUGGGCGAAAAGUAUGAGGCUUUCCUUGAGAGAUCUCCAGACCUGCUUUCAGAUGUGGCAUACACCCUGGCUAACAAACGAGAGCAUCUGCCAUAUCGCACAUAUGCCAUCUGUACGAGUGACAAGAUCACGCCACCAGCCCCCCCUCCCUCCACCAACGCCCCACAACUCCGGGACACAUCUCUGGUCAUGGUCUUCACUGGGCAAGGCGCGCAAUGGCCACGCAUGGGCUAUGAGAUCCUCCGCUCCAAAAGCAAUCCUGUCUUCCGUAACACCAUCGCAUCUCUCGACAAGGCUCUUCAGGAGCUAGGCCCGCUAGCUCCAUCGUGGACGAUUGACGAAGAGCUCCGCAAACCUGCACGGAAGAGUCGGGUUGAUGUAGCCGAAUACUCUCAGCCUCUAUGCACAGCCCUACAGAUUGCCUUGGUGGACACAUAUGCUUCGAUUGGAAUCCGCCCGGCCGCGGUGCUUGGCCACUCCAGCGGUGAGAUUGCCGCCGCAUACGCCGCUGGUGGCCUCAGCGCCCGUGAGGCUAUUAUCGUGGCAUUUCUGCGUGGACUAGCAACAACGCGACAGGGUUCCAAGGGCGCCAUGGGAGCGUUGGGUAUGAGUUGGGAAGCUGCCAAAAAGCAUCUCGUGCCUGGCGUAGUGCUCGCCUGCGACAACGCGCCGAACAGUGUAACAAUAUCUGGAGACGCAGGUCCAUUGGAAGAGAUAAUCAAGAACAUCAAGCAGUCGGACCCUAGGGUCUUGACAACCGUGCUCAAAGUUGACAAGGCUUAUCACUCGCCACAUAUGGCUGAGAUCGGGCCUUCAUACAAAGCGAGUAUGACCGACGCCGGCGUCGUGGGCAAUGUGCACACUCUUCCAUUUUUCUCAAGUGUUUCAGGUCAAUACUUGGUCCCAGGCGCAAAGAACAGAUUCGGACCUGAGUACUGGCAGACCAACUUGGAACGCCCCGUGUUGUUCACGUCAGCCGUAAGGGCCGCUAUCAAACAGCACGUUGGCCCCUCUAAGCAGGUGUUCCUUGAAGUUGGUCCCCAUGCAGCUUUGGCCGGGCCUAUGCGCCAGAUUCUAACCCACAGCUCCAGCAGCGCAGCAUACAUUUCAUCUUUGACCCGACGAACUGACAGCACUGAAAGUUGGCUGUCGGCUCUUGGCCAACUUUUUGCUCAGCAUGUACCCUUCAAUGUUCAGGCUUUGAUGCCCACUGGAAAAAGCCUCUCAGAUCUGCCCUCCUACCCGUGGGAUCAUCAUCGCACUCAUUGGAGCGAGUCACGCGUCGCCCAUGAGUGGCGCAUGCGCAAAUACCCACACCAUGACCUGUUAGGCGCAAAGGUCCCUGAAACCACAGACCUUGAGCCUGUAUGGCGAAAUUUGCUGCAUAUCGAGAAUGCUCCAUGGAUACGUGACCACAAAAUUAACACGGAUAUUAUAUUCCCUUUCGCGGGAUACAUAGCCAUGGCGGCUGAAGCUAUCCGUCAAAUCACGGGGAUCGAAGAAGCAGUGGAGUUUCGAAAUAUUGCUGUACGCACCGCCUUAGUCCUCAAUGAGAGCACAACAAAAGAGAUUGUGACAACUUUCCAUCGCCUCCGUCUAACAGAUUCGCUGGAUAGCGAAUGGUGGGAGUUCAGUAUCUCAUCACAUAAUGGACAGACGUGGAUAAAACACUCCUCCGGCGAAAUUCGGGCUCGGAACCAAACAGUCGCCAUGAGAAAUCGGGCUGGCGAGCAGGAGAACUUGCCGCGCAAAGCUUCCAGCAAGCGUUGGUACGAUACCAUGCGCAACGAGGGCCUUGACUAUGGCUACCAUUUCGAAAGUCUUGAAGAUAUCACAACGACAACAACCGGCGCACGAAUGGCUCGUGCACGAGUCCGCAAUAAUUGGCAUGGAGACGAGCAAUUUUACCACCUUCAUCCUGUCAUCCUAGAUUCCUACUUUCAACUCCUCAGUAUAGCCGCUCGGUACGGACUUACGUAUGACUACCAUCAAGUCAUUCCCGCAAGUGUGGGCUCGUUGAUUCUCCGCCGCUGCUCUGUCAACAACCUUUUGGUGUCAGCGACAGCUGUGCCGACCGGUAGCGCGGUUUGUGGAACAGGCACGGUUUCAGCUAGUGGUGAGACCAUCAUCGAGCUCUCGAAAGUUCGUCUGACAUCUUUUACAAAUGGUAUCAAAGAGGAACACGCGCCUAUCACCGCCCGAAGUGAGUGGGUGCCACAUUUUGAGACUGCAGCUCUCGGUACUCUUGUGAAGCCGACGCGAAUAGACCAAGAUCACGCGGCAAGGUUGGAUGAGCUUGUCAGUUACUCGAUUGAUGCAUCUCGAAGAUCGACGACCGGUCUAGAUGUCAUUCCAGAACUUCGACGAUACAAGAUAUGGCUCGACGAGGUCCCUUGUUAUUCAGAAGAACUGUAUGAUGCUACAUUGAACACUCGCAUUGAAGCCCUCGCAAGAUCACUGGAGUCAACACCCGUUGCGCACAUUGCCAAAGCGAUCACCCUAGUCACAGACAAUGCACCUGCUAUCCUUUCUGGUCGUAAAAAGGCCUUUGAAGUUUUGGAUACAGAAAACACGCUUGGGAAAUUCCUUCGCUUCGUCAAUGAAGUUGAAGGAUCUGCAUUCUUCAAUCGCCUUGGCCUCCAGAAGCCUAACCUCCGGGUUCUAGAGUUGGGCGCAGGCGUUGGCUCGGCCACAGCUGGCAUUGUUGAGACACUGACACGGCCUGACGGCCAGGUGCUUUUCUCGCAAUACGCUGUCUCCGAUCCAUCUCCAGGCAUGGUUGAAGUCCUCAAGGCGCGCUUCCAAGGCUUCCCCAAUAUGAGUUUUCACGUAUUUGACAUUGGAACUCAAGCCGAAUCCCAGGGCUUCGAUGAGAGGGACUUCGAUCUUAUCAUUGCGGCAGGAGUGCUGCACAGUACUCACAAGCUUUCAGAGUCCCUCACACAAGUUCGUCAGCUUCUCACCCUAUCAGGACGGCUUCUGCUGCAGUCCUUACGGCCCGGUCUCACGUGGUCCAAGUAUGUCCUUGGGCUUCUUCCGAGCUGGGACAAUGGGGUCGAUGACGGCCGAUCUACCGAGCCGUACGUCAAUCUGGAAACCUGGCAAGCCAAGUUAGCCACGGCAGGCCUCGAGAUCACUGGCGAGCUUGGUCUCGAUUCCGACGGGCCAAGACACAUCUGUCAUGUUAUUGUAGGGAGACCCCGACGUGACCACCUCCCGGCGAGGAAAGCCACUGUUCUUUUCGAAUCGUCAACUGUUUCUUCCAAAUCCCAUCCCGUUAUUGACGAAUUACUCGCACGAGGGUAUGAGAUUUCUUAUUGCAGCCUUGCAGAUAUUCCCCCACCGGGGCAAGACAUAAUCGCUUUCCUUGAUGGGCAGACAUCGUUCCUGGAGCAGCUGGAUGCCACCAAACUUGAGCAGCUAAGAGCUUUCAUCAACAAUAUCGCUAACUCUGGGAUUUUAUGGGUCACGCAGCCAUCCCGGAGUCAAUGUGCAGACCCACACUUCGCGCAAAUACACGGUCUGGCUCGGUGUAUCCGCUCCGAGCUGAGCAUUGCUUUUGCAACUUGUGAGGCAGAUGACAUGGAUAGCCCACGAGGGUGCCAAACUGUUGCCAGCGUGUUUCAAAGUUUCUCUGAAAGAGUUAACGAUGGAGAAAUUGAGCCCGAUUUCGAAUACAUUAUUGAGAAUGGGGUGACGCGAGUGCAUCGAUUCUUCCCCGUCUCCUCCGCAAGCGGCGGGGACGUUGGUCAGGUGACCAGUGAGGCGCGGCUGACGAUUAGUCAGCCGGGGCGGCUUGACACGCUGCAUUGGGAAGGUGCGACUGUGGCGGGGGAAGCACUCCAGGACGAUGAGGUUCAAGUCGAGAUCCACGCCGCCGGCCUCAACUUCCGCGAUGUUCUGGUGGCGAUGGGUAUCAUCGACAUCACCCCGCCUACCUUUGGCUACGAGGCCACGGGGAUCGUGCGUCGCGUUGGACCGAAGGCAGGAAAGCUCAGCGUUGGGGACAGAGUAGCCCUCGUAGGGUUUGAUGUCUUUGCGUCGACUGUCACGACCACCGAGAAACUCUGCGAAAGGCUCCCUGAUGAACUCGACUUCAUCAACGGAGCUUCCAUGCCGCUGGUCUUUGCUACGGCCAUUUACUCGCUCAUCAACGUCGGGGGACUCCGGCGAGGCCAGUCUGUUCUCAUCCAUAGCGGAUGUGGUGGCGUGGGCCUAGCUGCAAUCCAAGUAGCUCGGAUGAUUGGCGCCGAAAUCUUCACAACGGUCAGCUGUGAGAGAAAGAUUGACUUCCUUGUACAGGAACUUGGCAUCUCGAGAGAUCACAUAUUCAACUCGCGGGGGGUGAGCUUUCAAGAAGAUCUACUAAGACAAACUAACGGUAGAGGUAUUGAUCUGGCGCUCAACUCACUCUCGGGUGAGUUGCUCCAUGCAACUUGGCGCUGCGUUGCGAAAUGGGGGACUUUGGUAGAGAUUGGCAAGCGUGACCUUCUCGGCGGAGGCAAGCUUGAUAUGGAAUUGUUCCUUGCCAAUCGUAGCUACCGUUGUGUAGACAUUGACCAGAUGUGCAAGGAGCGACCCGAGAUGAUCAGCCCACUCCUCCGCUCCAUGAUGGACUUCUUUCGCGGUGGCUAUAUUCGAGCCAUCCCGAUCGAAAAGGUUUUCCCUUGCUCCCAAAUCCAAGAAUCGUUGCAGCACAUGCAGCAGGGCAGCCACAUUGGGAAGAUUGUGCUUCAAUUCCGCGACCCGGCAUCGGCGGAACUCCAGCUUGGACAGAUUCAGGCUGUCAAAAUGUCUGCUACGGCCGUGCUUGACAGCUCGGCUUCAUAUCUGCUCGUGGGUGGAACUGGAGGCUUGGGGCGGUCUGUAGCGGUGUGGAUGGUCCAACACGGAGCGAGACACCUUACCUUCCUCUCACGCAGCGCCGGGACAACCGACAGACACAAGCUCUUCGUGACUGAGAUCCAGAGCAUGGGCUGUGAGGUGCAUCUCGUACGCGGAAGUGUCACUAACGCGGCAGACGUAGCGCGGGCAGUUGCAGAGUCCCCUCGGCCCCUCAAAGGGGUACUCCAGAUGACAAUGGUGCUUCAUGACCAAGCCUGGCAGAAGAUGACGAUCGACGACUGGAACGAAACGACGGCGCCCAAGGUGAAAGGAACAUGGAAUCUACAUAACGAGACGCAGUUGGAGAAUCUCGACUUUUUCAUCCUAUUUAGCUCACUCUCCGGAAUUGUGGGUCAGCAUGGACAGGCUAGUUAUGCCAGUGCAAACACUUUUCUCGACGCAUUUGUGAAGUUCCGGACAAGCAAGGGGCUCCCUUGUACGUCGCUGAACAUUGGUGCCGUGGAGGGAUCGGGCUACCUGGUCGAGCAAAAUGAACUGCUAAACAAGAUGAAAGGGACAGGCUGGCGGCCCGUGCAGGAAUCAGAGUUACUGGAGGUGUUGGGGACCGCAAUGCUCUCGGCAACAACCAAGGUCACAGAGGAUGAACCGCCAAAGCCGAGCCUGGUCGACCCAAACACUACUCUCGUGGGCAUUGCACCAGUAAUCCCUCUCAGCAGUCCUGACAGCAGCGCCAGGUUACGCAAAGACGUUCGUAUGUCGGUCUUUCGCAACAUCCGCAGCCAAGGCAAUGCGACUUCCUCCAGCGACGGUUUGCGACAAUUCCUGAGCGCGGCCAAGGCCAGCCCAGAAACACUUAACACACCCCAGUCAGUUACCUUGUUAGCGCAGGAGAUUGGCAAGAAGCUCCUGGGCUUGGUGCUGCGGUCUCCGGAUGAUGAGAUUGAUGUAUCUCUGCCGCUUGCGCAACUCGGCCUGGACUCGAUGGUGGCGGUAGAAAUGCAGGCCUGGUGGAAGCAGAUGUUUGGGCUAGAUAUCAGUGUGCUAGAAAUGCUGAGCAUGGGAACGCUUGAAAGGCUAGGCAAGCAGGCUGCCGAUGGUUUGCUGGGGCUGUGGGAGCACUAGAACGACUUCAGGCUGAGGCGUGGCGGCGUUUACUAAUAGUCACACUACCGCUGGAAAGCGAAACAAGUACAGCAAGGAUGGUGUCAUUUCCACGAAGAGGAUAAAUAUCAUCUCUCUUCUUUAUUCAUCUCAUCUGACCGUUAAGUAAGCAC